UCCCAUUGUAUAUAAAUGGUCAUGAAAUACGUAAAGAUCGCUAGUGACACCGUGACAUUGAAGCAGCUCCAGUCGCCCGCAAGUCACCGGAAAACAACAUGAAAAUUCUCUUCCUUACCGCGUGUCUUUUCUUCAUUGACGGUGUUGUGUUUGGCCGAAUUACGGGAAACGAAAUACAAUCGUUGGAUUAUGAGCCAGAUAUUGAACCCUAUGAUUCACCGGUACCCACGGAAAGACCGAUAUUCAAAUACCAGAAGAACGGCAUCAAGCUGGACCUGAAAAUCGUUCCGUUUCGCAAUCAUACCGAUCGAGAAGACGAUUUUCCCAGCUUUCCCGCCAAAGAUAUCGGUAUCUGCGUUUUGGACCUAUCUUUGAAUUGUGUUCAGCAGAGGUUUCAUAACUUCUUGGAGCAAAUUCGACGUCUGAAGGAGAUCACGUUGCUUGGGAAUUGGGUAAAACUUGUUCGAACUAAGGAGGUUGCGGAAGAAAUUGGGGAGAGCAGAUCGUUCGAUCUCAACCAUGAGAUGAGUGACGUUAUUAGCCGGGAUAUCGAUUCUUUUUUUGAUGUCUUUGCCUUACGGAUCAAUCUACCGAGCAUCCAGGGAAAUAAGAAGAAAAACCAGAUUGAUGUGAUGUUCGAUGAGACUGGUUUGGUCGAAGGUCGAGGAAAAGCUGGCAAAGGGGGUAAGGGUGGCGGUGGUAAAUGCAAGAAGAUGAUGAUGAUGAUGCUGAUGAUGAUGAAGAUGAAAAUGAUGGGGAUGAUGGGUAUGACGGCAAUGAAAAGUAUGAUGAUGGCUGGAAUGUCAUUGAUGAUUUCAAAAUGGAUGCUAAUUCAGAAGCUGAUGGACUUGAAAAAGGGCGGUGCUGGUGGGGGCAGCGGUGGUGGUCCAUGGCAGGGUGGAGGAGGGGGAGGUGGAGGUGGAGGCAGCGCCCCGCUAAAGGAGAUCGUUCUACUAACAAAAUCCGCGGGUGGCAGCGGCGGCGGCGCAGCUCCGAUGGACAGUUAUGGUGCCCCUCCGCCGUCGAGUGGCUAUGGAGCACCAGCUGGAGGCUGGGAUAGUGGGGGUAGCGGUGGAUCAGGAGGAUGGGGUCGUAGUCUCGACGCCUAUCCAUCUACCUCAAAUUCCGAUUCGCAAAUAGAGCUUCCAGGAGUCACUAAAGCGAGUGGCGUACCUGCAGCUACGGUCGAUAAGCCAGAUUCUGAUAACACGAAUCACCAGAAGACGCAAAGAACCGACGUGCAAGGUCCCGUGUAUCAAAUCGUCAGUCCCAUCUACAGGCCCGACGUUGGUAACGGUUCAGCAGAGGUGACAUUGGAAAGUCAGUCGACGUCUCGCAAAACGGAAAAAAAUAAAACCAUAACGGAUCCAUUGCAACAGAGCAAAUUUAUUACCAUGCGGUCGAGCUACCGCGUUGCUCCCAUCAAGAACACCCGCAAUGCCUUGCUCGAGGACAGCGUUUCGAAUCCUGUGUACGCUGAUGAGUGGAAGAAAUUUGAACUUGCUAAACGAUGGACGGCUAAUCAGCAAUAUCCCGUGGGAACGGGUCAAGUGGAACGUCCCGGUCAAGAUUCGUUCGACAUCAACUACGAGUACCCACGGAAUCAUCAGGCUUACGGAAGGCUCAUGAAGGAUGGAAAUAUUGUACCCUACGGCUUCUGAUAUAACCAGUUUUCAAUGGUUGCAAUUCAUUAUGUGUUCAUGUGUCACCUAUUUAUUUACAUGAUUAUUCACUUAUUUUUUCAUUUAUUUAUGUGCUCAUAUUAUUUAUCUUUGUGGAAUAUAUCGUCUUAGUAUGUGAUACACACACUAAAACCUAUAAUAUUAUAGCCUACUAUGUUUCCGAAAUUCUGUUUUUUGUAAGGUACGCUGUAAGCAGAAAGAAUGUUUACAAUAUUUUUUUGAUUAAUCGCAUAAGCUGUGUGAACGUCAUUCUCCGUUUUCAGAAUAUUCAUUCUUUCGGGUCGUAUAAAUUCGAAUGCACGGAUUAAUUAAAGAGGACAAAAAUUCUAUUACUAAAAGUCUCAUAAUUUCUGUUUACGAAUUUGGAGGGAGACUUCAUUGAAAUUUUCAAAAUUGUUACUUGUACCGGUUGUUAUCUAUCAGAAGAAAUAUUCCGUUAACACAAGAGAAGAAAAAGAAAACUUAUUAUUAUUAAGGAUAUAGGGUUCUAACGAGAAAGAAAAUUAUUUAGGCAUGAAAUCGAUGGAUGUAACCCUGAUCAAAUUUUGUUUUAAUUCUAUUUAGAGUGAAAUUCCUUCUUUUUCAGUCAACUAUGUAUAUUUUCCUUUCUUAUGUUAAAUAAAUAAAUGACUCA